AUGAGUGUGAUAAGUGACGAGAGUGAAAUGGAUUUAGAGAAGUGUGUGCAGACGUUUGAAGAGGAAAAAAUAGAACUACCAGAGGACAGUUCUGGUGGAAAGUUGACAUACUUUCUUGCCCCAUAUUUCUUCGAGAAAACAUGGUUAGAUGACAUUAUCGCUUCCCUUUCAGCUGCAUUUUUGUCACCAUCGCUUGUACGGUUGCCUUACUUUAUUAUGCGCGACUUAUAUGAUGAUCCAUUUGAAACAAAACUUUCAGACAUAUUUUCUCCCUUAUUGAUGAUCAUUCAUUAUUUCCUAUGCUUUACGUUUUCUUUUUGGAACUUCAUCGACAAUAGGAAAAAGGUUAAUAUUGAGAAAAAAGUGCUCCAACAAUUAUUGAAGGAAGUGGCUGAAAUGGACCUGACCGGGGAUCCAGUAGCUUGGCAAAGAAUUGCAUCUAGAGUUAAUCACUUUUCUAGAGAGACAGGAUAUCGGUAUUCCCUGUUUUGCAGUGGGGAACAUUGUAUGCGCUUUUUUGUGAGAGAAAUAGUAAAACCAAUAGAAUGUCAGACGUACGACAUCAGGUGUUAUUUGGAAGGAAGAAUGUGUGUGAAUUUUUGGAAAAAUCCACCAGAUAAGGUGCUAGUUGAGAGAGCAGUUGCGAAUUAUAACAAGAGCGUUGAGAACUUUGGAGAGUUAUCACAUACGGCAGAAAAAGAUAAAUUUAGAGAUGGUAUUUUCGAAAAGUUUCUCAAUAUUUUCAGCACCUCAAUACUUUAUUUGGGGGCAAUACAUUCUGCGUCCUUUGUGGUUAUGUACCUGACCUACAUUAUCUCGAUGAUUUCUUGUGCCAUUUUUGAUUCAUUCACUGCCCCUCAUUAG